AUGCCUCGCGACCAGAGCCAGCGCCUCACCCCCGACCGGGCGAAGCACCUUGAGCGAAACCGCAUCGCGGCCAACAAGUGCCGACAAAAGAAGAAGCGUGAACAUCAGCAAGUGCAAAACACGCUGCACGACGAGACCGCGCGCCACGACUCGCUCGUCGCCGAAGUGAACAACCUCCGCGAAGAGAUCUGGCAGCUCAAGAACUCCAUCUUUGCCCACGCCACCUGCAACGACCAACACAUCAACCAACAGCUCGCGAAAAUGGCCGAGAACGCGCUCAGCACGAGCGUCAGCCCCGAGCAGAGGCGGCUGUCGUCGCCAGCGUACUCGUCUCAGAGCUUCUCGGAUGGAUCGGCGGAAAACGGGCUGGAGAUGGAGCUUAAACCAGAGCCUUUGCCAGAUGUCUCCGGGUCCUUCCUUACGGAUCCUGCCCUUUUCGAUGGGGCAUAUGACGGGGUAUCAGACUUUGGGUUUGAUCGGUUUAUUAAUGUGGACAAUAUUUGA